UCGCUCCACCCCCCGCGCCAUCUUGCUGCGUGUGCGCUAGGGAGGGAGUGCUGAGCUGUGAGAGCGAGUCCGAGCCGGUCCGGAGGAUCUGUUCCCGCCAUGCCGCACUACCAGACCUGGGAGGAGUUCAGCCGUGCCGCCGAGAAGCUCUACCUCGCCGACCCCAUGAAGGUGCGUGUGGUUCUUAAAUACCGACACUGUGAUGGGAAUCUGUGCAUCAAAGUAACAGAUGAUGUAGUUUGUCUGCUAUAUAGAACAGACCAGGCUCAAGAUGUAAAGAAGAUUGAGAAAUUCCACAGUCAGCUAAUGCGACUCAUGGUAGCUAAGGAAUCCCGCAGUGCUGCCAUGGAAACAGACUGAAUUGCUGAAAAUAAAAUGAAAGCUCCAGUCAUAUUUCACGGGAAGAAAAUAUCACUUGGAUUUGAGCAAACAUUUGGGACAGGAGAUGUUUUAUGUAAUGAAGUGGACUAUGAAAAGUCUGAAGCAUUUUUUUCCUCGCCCUAGACUCCACUUCAGAUAACUAGGAAAAUAAAUGCUUUCAGUGGAAAGCCUCUAUUUAUUUUUGAAAAUUAAGCAAGAAAAAUAUAUCCUCCAUGGAAAAUAUUCUUACUAGUCUUGCUUAACAUACUUUAACCUGUAAAUAUUUUCUUUUGUAAAUCUACAAUACCCUAAUUUGAAAAUGAAAGGAAACAAGUAUAUCCCUCUGGAAAGUGAGAGCAUGUCUUGAUCUUAUUUGCAUUCAUAUACCUGUGCUGGUGUAUUUUCACAAAUGAGAAAAUGUAUAUUAAUCUGACCCACUAAUACGAUAACUGUAAAACUGGAUCUAAUAACCUUUUACAUCUAAUGAUAUAUUAUAACAGAAUUUAGAAAUAGAACAGACAUCUUCUAAAUUAAAAUUGCCAAAAAUUUUGUGUAAUACUGUGCAACUAGCAAGUUUUUAUGUAAAAGGUUUCUAGCUUUUAAUAUUAUGGCCAUAAGAUGUAUAACACUUCUAAAAGCCUGUGCAUAAUGGUUCCACAGAACACAUUCUAGAUUGCUGGUUCAAAUACAACAUUGUCAUUCAUCAGAUCCUCACCAUCUGAAAACUGUUCAGUAGCCUAUGUGAAGUUGGAAGGUCCCAAUCCAGUUAUCAGGCAAGUGUUCAUAUAAAAAGAAUCAAGGUCACAUUUAAAAGUAGUUGGCAGAGAGAUUGAACUUCCUUCUUGCUGGUAGAGGUUUGACUUCCAGGGCAGAGUUGAGGCAUGCUAGAGAGGACACUAUGGAAGUUUCCACAUGUAAUGCCCAGGAUGUGACCUGUUCUGUAGAUAAAUUACUUCAGUGUCCAAGUCUUAGUACUUGCCAAUGUUACAUUCACUUUAAUUUAAAAAAAAAAAAAAGUAGACUGUAACAACUUGAAUUCACAAAUGCUAACAUGUUUACCAAACUUAUACCUUAAACAUCAAAGCAAAAGAAUGUAGUCAGUCUUGACACGCAUGUGGCUUAGGAAGCAAUGUUUCUUAUUGCUACCUUUGUUUAAUGGUAGAAGAUUCUGUUUACUCUUCUCUUGAACGCUUCCUGCUUGAAGACCAAAAUGUUGGAGUUGGACACUUGCUUUGAAUAGAUACUGUAUAUUGUUGUGAACUGAACUCCAUUUGGUUAAAUGCCAAACUGACUUCCUGUAUAUAACCAUUCUACUACUGUAACUGAGUUUUCUCCUAUGCUAAUAUUUUGGUCAACUCCAAACCUUUAAAAGAAAAGAGCUUGCAAACUGAGUGUAAAUGCUGUACUUAAAUACUAGUUAUCUGCUCUAUUUUUUUAAUAGAAACAAUUGGGUUCUCAAACUUAACUGGUAAUGUUGCUACUUAGAAGGAAUGGAAUUCCCAGUUUUUUGCCAAAGGUUUCAUAAAUACCCACAAAGUUAGUUUAUUCCAUUAAAUUAUUCUUUCAGUAGAAUAUGUUACGUAUAAUUGGAAGAUAUUUUAGCAUGUCGAACUGCCGUUUGCCAUCUUGAGUUCUGGCCUGUAAGGUUUGAUGUCAGCAAAAUACAUUCAAACCAAGA